CGCCGAAGAUAAGCAUUACGUUAAAGUUACCGGGACUCCUCACGGUUGGGAUGUUCUGUUCUACAUUUUUCAGUUUAUCGUGUCGUUUUGUUAUUUACCGUCAUCGUUUUGAUCGGCACGGGUUGGUCGUUUUUGAAGCCUUUCUUGCAAGAAAGGGAAAAAAAGGUGUUGAUGAUCGUCAUACCGCUUCAAGUUAUAGCUAAUAUUGCGUCGGUUGUAAUUGGAGAAACCGGGCCGUUUAUUAAAGAUUGGGCUACGUGGAAUCAGGUGUUCCUUCUGGUUGAUAUUAUCUGCUGUUGUGCUAUUAUUUUCCCAAUUGUUUGGUCAAUUCGUUCGUUGAGAGAAACUUCGAAAACUGAUGGGAAGGCCGCGAGGAAUUUGGCAAAAUUGACUCUGUUUAGGCAGUUUUACAUUGUGGUGAUUGGUUUCCUGUAUUUUACGAGAAUUGUGGUGUUUGCUUUGAGGACGAUUGCAGCUUACAGGUAUCAAUGGGUUAGCAAUGCAGCUGAGGAGACUGCAAGUUUGGCGUUCUAUUUGGUGAUCUUUUACAUGUUUAGGCCUGUGGAGAAAAAUGAGUACUUCAUUCUUGAGGAAGAAGAUGAAGAAGCCGCUGAGCUCGCUCUUAGAGAUGAAGAUUUCGAGCUUUGAGAACCACGUUGGCUGUUGAAACGAGAAUUGGUAUAAAAGGUUACUUUGGAUUUCAACCUUUGAUGCUAACUGGGAUCGUUUUGCAGGUUGGGUUUUUUUUUUGGUGUA